UUGCCUCCAAUUGUUUAAAGCUCCGAGCUUUUGGUGAGCUUCUGAACACUUGAAACUCCACUGCGAUGGAGGCUUGCUCUCUGCUUUCACCAAAUGUGACCGCUAUUCCCUCCUCUCUAUCCCAAAGUAGGUUUGCAGAAAAACCCCUUCUGCGUGGCCAGAUCCUCAAAUUUUCCAAUUCCAAGAGGUACCCAAAUGCCAGGAAGCUUGGAUUUCUUCAUGUCAAAGCUCAAGCUUCAGGCACCACAAAGUUCAGCUCAGAGAUAGUUGAGCCAGUUUCGGAAAAAGGAGAUAUUAAGGAUGAGAAUCUUGCAUUUGUUGCCGGUGCUACUGGGAAAGUUGGCUCACGAACAGUAAGGGAGCUUUUGAAACUUGGGUUCCAAGUCAGAGCUGGUGUCAGGAGUGCUCAGAGAGCACAAACUCUUGUGCAAAGUGUUAAACAAAUGAAGCUCGACGAAGGGAUUCAGCCUGUAGAAAAGCUUGAAAUUGUGGAGUGUGACUUGGAGAAACCAGAUCAGAUUAGACCAGCAUUGGGCAAUUCAUCAGUGGUCUUGUGCUGCAUCGGUGCCAGUGAGAAGGAGGUUUUUGAUGUUACUGGACCAUAUCGAAUUGACUAUCUAGCUACCAAAAAUCUUAUUGAGGCAGCAACUGCAGCAAAAGUUAACCACUUCAUAUUGCUUACAUCUCUGGGAACGAACAAGAUUGGAUUUCCUGCAGCUAUUUUAAACUUAUUUUGGGGAGUCUUGAUUUGGAAAAGAAAGGCAGAAGAAGCACUGAUAGCCAGUGGACUUCCCUACACUAUAGUGAGACCAGGUGGAAUGGAGCGGCCCACUGAUGCUUACAAGGAAACUCAUAAUACUACCCUCUCAACGGAAGAUACUUUAUUUGGUGGUCAAGUUUCAAACCUCCAGGUGGCAGAGUUACUGGCCUCUGCAGCCAAAAAUCCCAGGCUUUCUUACUUCAAAGUAGUGGAAGUAAUUGCAGAAACAACUGCUCCGUUGACUCCCUUGGAGGAACUCCUCGCAAAGAUACCAUCUCAAUGUGCUUACACUUACACACCAAAGGAAUCAUCUGCGGCACCCACAGCUGAUCCAGAGCUUUCUAAGAGUGCCAAACCACCAACAUCUCCUACUACGUCGCCAAGCACCACGGAUCUUCCCACCAAAGCGAGUGAUACAGAUACCACACCUGCAGAAUCAGUAGCUACCCCUCCUCAGGAAGCUUCAAAACCCAUCAUAGAGAAAGAAAGCAUUCAGACAGAAAAGAAAGUUACAAGGGCUUCCUCGCCUUAUGCUUCAACAACAUUGCACUGUUAUGAGGAUUUGAAGCCACCUAGCUCUCCGAGCCCAACACCAAGUGCUCCCAAGAAAACGCCUUUGGAUGCCUCAACUCCGGUAGAAGUUGUCACACAAUCAAGUGGAGGUAAUGAUGUUCCAGAAGCUGAGACAAACAGUGUUGCCGAAGAGGUUUCUCCCGGGGAUUCACCUCAUUAUCAUUCACCCUACCACGUAUACGACGACUUCAAGCCCCCUUCAUCACCAUCUCCUACUCCUCCGAUCGUAUCAGUUUUCUCAGCACCAGCUGCAAACAAUGGAUCCCCAAUCGAUACCUCAAACAGCACAGGGCAACUUCCAGCAGAAAAUAAACAAAGUGAGGAAGAGCAACAUACCAAACCAAAGCCAAGACCGCAGUCACCUUUUUAUAUGUAUGAGGAGCUAAAGCCUCCAACAUCACCAAUACCAGUACCGUCCCUAAAAUCCUAGAAAGUAUCACUGCCAUCAAUGUUUACGAGGUUCACAUAUUCACGCAACUAAGCACUCCACCGUAACAGCAGCAUUGGAACAAACGUGGACUUUGCAUCAGGGUGUCGGCAAGUUUGUUUUAAUGUUCAUGAAGAGGAAGCAACUGAAAUUGCGGGAGUAUUAUUCAUGGAUAUUCGAAUACCAACAUUGUAUAUGUUACAGUUUUAUCUCUUAAAUGUGUCUUUUCUUCUUUCAGAUUAUGUACUCAAUAUGCAAAACCCAAACAACCUAAUCUGGUUUUAACAAAUGAGUCCUAUGUUUUUGUA